AUGGACGUGGCCACCUUUGGCUCCAGCUGUUCACCGUGUAGUGCUCAAUACAUUAAGAACAGAAAUGCCGAGGACUUUGCGAAAGACUACCCCAGAGCUGUAGAUGGAAUCAUCAGGUGCCAUUAUGUGGACGACUAUUUAGAUAGUUUCGACACCGUUGACGAGGCUUAUCGUGUGGCGGCUGAGGUAAAGAUGAUCCAUGGAAAAGCUGGCUUCGACAUUCGUGGUUGGCGUUCCAAUUGUUCAAAUCUGCCUCGCCACUUGGGUGAAACGACUAUUCUGGCCACUAAAGAUCUGCAUUUGGACAAAACCAGUGGAACGGAAAGAGUACUUGGUAUGCUGUGGUUGACAAGCAAGGACGUAUUGGGAUUUUCAACGCAGAUGCGGAAGGACAUAGCAGAGAUCAUUCAUGUCGGACGACGACCAACAAAACGGCAAGUUUUACGUUGCAUCAUGUCACUCUUCGAUCCCCUCGGCAUGUUGGCUAUGUAUACCGUACACGGAAAGGUUUUGAUCCAAUCGAUAUGGCGAUCAGGAAGCGACUGGGAUGAUGAAAUUGGUGAUGGAGAAUUCAAUCAAUGGGUAAAAUGGAUAAACGUAUUAAGUAAAAUUGACAGCAUUCGAAUUCCGCGUUGUUACAUUGCUGGAAAUGUCUCUUCAUCGAUCCAUUCCGCCCAGCUGCACUUAUUUGUAGAUGCCAGCGAAGAAGCCUACGCUGCUGCCGCUUAUUUCUGUUUCCUUAUUUCUGAUGGAACUAUUAUCUGUAACCUCGUCACUGCGAAGACAAAGGUAGCUCCACUAAAGCCCUUGUCCAUACCGCGGCUGGAGCUGCAGGCCGCGGUUCUCGGAGCUAGACUGGCUUCUUUCGUAAGCAAGAAUCACACUAUUACUAUCGAAAAAAAGGUUUUCUGGUCAGAUUCUAGCACAGUUCUAGCUUGGAUACGAUCCGAUGCCCGCAGAUAUAGACAAUACGUUGCAUGCCGUAUCGGUGAGAUUCUAACUUUGACCGAAAGCAAAGAGUGGAAAUGGGUACCCACAAAUAUGAAUUGUGCAGACGAAGCCACAAAAUGGGGUAGAGGACCCAGUCUUUCUUCAGAAGGGAGGUGGUUCCAAGGGCCGGAGUUUCUGUACCGUCCCGAGCAACACUGGCCGCAUCAAAAAUGCAGGCAGAACAUGGUCACUGAAGAAGAACUUCGAACCUGUUUUGUUCAUGGUGUCCAGAAAUAUGAACCUACAGUAGAAUUCAAAAGGUUCUCCAAAUGGACAAGGCUAGUGAGAUCGGUUGCUUAUAUGGUGCGGUUCAUCAACAAUGCUCGAAGAAGUAAAGGUCAACGGAUCGUGACGUCGCUGAGCUCUGAAGAGCUUGGAAUUGCGGAAACUAUCAUAUGGCGGCUUAGUCAGCAAGAAUCAUUCCCGGAUGAGGUUUCUCAGUUGAAGCAGGCGAACGGCAAAGUAGAAAAAUCAUCAAAGAUCUACAAGUUAUCUCCUUACAUAGAUGAAAAUGGAGUACUUAGACAGAAUGGGCGUAUUGGCGCGGCAACAAACACCCGAUUUGACAUGAAGUACCCCAUUAUACUAUCGACGUAUCAUCCCACGACGCUCCUACUUCUAAAUCACUACCACCGCACGAAUCAUCACAUAAACUACGAGACGGUGGUGAAUGAGAUAAGGCAGAAUUUCUACAUUUCUCAUCUUCGGGCAGCUGUUCGGAAAACCGCCAGAUCAUGCCAGUGGUGCAAAAUACAUAAAUCACAACCAACUACACCGAAGAUGGCGCCACUACCUGCAGCGAGACUAGCAUCGUUUGAGCGCCCCUUCUCGUAUGUUGGUGUGGAUUAUUUCGGUCCAGUUCUGGUGAAAGUCGGACGAAGUCUCGCAAAGCGUUUACAUGUUUAA